CUUAUAUUCAUACUACAGAAAACAGUGAAGUUGCUCAAGGAUUAAUUCAAACAAAAUCAAAAUAUCCUGUUAAAAUUUGGUAUUAUGUACCUGAAGAUCUUGAAAACUGUCCAUAUAUUGUGAUUAUGUCACGAAAUAUUUAUAACCAUCUACCACUACUAUCUAAAAUACCUGUAGCGAUCCAAAAUGAUUUAAAAGAUAUAAUUGCAGAAGAGAAUAUUUUAGAUUUAACUGCUAGGAAAUUAAUUACUCGUACAUCGAUGCAACGAUUUCUUAAAGGAGUUCCACUUUCAGAAUUACAUCCAUCAUUAAAUAAUAGAUCAAAAAUUGAGCAUAUAAUUGCAACAAAACAUCAUGCUGAACAUCCAUAUAUCAAGAUAUUAUGA